AUGCUGACCGAUCCUUUCUUUGGGAGUUCAAAGGAGGCAGAAAAUCCCGAUCUUGACGGCGUGGCCCAAGAAGCCAUCUCGAGCCUUCUUCGCGUCGGAUGUCUAUUUGCUAAGUUUUCCAAAGAUUCGAUCCCCGCCGCCGAAGUCGAAGAGCUCCGCCAGAAAGCGGAGAGUUAUCGCUUUGCCACGCUCGAGGCGUACGGCGAGCGUGACAAGCUUUUAACUCAGGUGGAGGCCAAGGUAAUCACGCUGAACAAUUUGGUCAUUGAGAUGUGUGGUCGCGAAGAUGAUUUGUCCGCCAGUGAAGGGAGGGUGGAAGAGCUGGAAGAUGAGGUUGAUGACAUGCAGAAAGAAUUGGAUGCGAGGGCCCAAGCAAUCGUCGUGAAUAAGGAAGCUUGCAUCGCCAAGGAUAAGGAGCUUGCGUCUUUGCGUGAUGAAUUAGCGUCGUCAAGCGAGGCCCUUGACACGGUGAGAGCCCAGUUGGAAGUGAAAGACAGAGCCAUCGCGGAAGCGAAGGCCCGGGCAUCCUCCGACGUAAAAGCUCUUAGGACGAUACUAGAGAUUGAAGCCGUUGCUGAGGCCGUGGAAGAACGCGACCGCGGUUUCUUCCUUGCUAAAGCCCAGGUCCAGCAUCUUUAUAAAGGACUAGACCUUAGUGGGAUGGGGGCCUUCAAGAGAGUUACCCCCGAGGGUUUGGUCGGCCCUAACGAACCCCAGACUUCAACGCGGAGUACUUUUUGGCUGCUGAAAAUGCAAGAGAAAAAGAAAACAUUAAUUCAGCCUGACUAUUUGUAUUUAUUCCCCCUUACCUUUUUUGUAAUUAUUAUUGCCCAGUGA